AGGAUCCUUGCUUCAUCUGUUGAUGCGCCGGCCCCUCCCCGACACCAUUCCCCAUGUCCGAGGAUCCAUCAUCUAGCACGGCACAGGCGGCCGCCUCCCAGGCGUCCGAUUUUGGUCGCUGGGAACAGAAAAAGGAGCUCCACAAGAAGAAUACCGAUGCGCAUGCCCAUCGUCCAGACCUCUCCACCUUCGGCAAUCUCGAUAGUUCCAUCAAAAAGAACAACUCCUUUAUCAAAAAACUGCGAGUCUCGCUCUCGAUGGAGCAGCUGCCCUCCCUCACCAAGGAGCUGCUCGGCCUCAAGCUCGAAAAGUACAUCUCCGAGGUCGUCACGGCCAUCUGCGAAGCCAAGCUCAAGAACUCGGCCGACGUCUGGGCUGCCGUCGAGAUCUGCUCGCUUCUGCACCAACGCUUUGCCGAUUUCAGCCCGAUGCUGACCACACAGCUCCAACGCCAGCUCGGCCCUCCCCCAUCCUAUGCCGGCGUCAACCCCGAGCAGCGCGAGCGGGACGAAAACGCCCGGAUCUCAAAGCUGCGUCCGGUCCUGCGCCUCUUCACGGAGCUCUACGUCGUUGCUGUCAUCGUCGACAAUUCAAACUCGCGAGAGUUUAUCCUCCAAAGCAUUUUCAAAGAUCUUUUUGCUGUCGACAAGAACCACUUCAACCUGCCUCUUGCCGCCACCUUUGUCAAGUUCUUUGGGGACCAGUUUCUCGGAUCUGUGACUCCGAAACGCCGAGACAGCACCACGAGCUCGUCGUCCAGCCCGACUCGAUCUGCCGAUGCAGGGUCCAACGAGCACGAGCCAGCAAAGAGCCUCGUGGCUCAACCAGUCCAGAAUGUCAUCCGCACCCUGCUGACCGACUACUUCAACUCCGUGUCUGACCGCCUGGUCCUGCAGCAUAAGUACGUACGCAACAUGGAAAAGGAGAACCACGAGUACUUUAUCGCCCGAGGCGAGAUUACCGAGGACCGUACCGAAAAAUACGAAAAGGCCAUGAAGAACUACGAUCGCGUCCUCGUUUCGACCCAAGUCUUGGCCGAGUAUCUCGGCACCGACAUGCCCGAGCUGCCCGAGGACGAAAAGAUCACCCGGGUCGGGGGCAUCAUUGUUCCCGACGGAUCGAAAGAGAAGGAGGAGCAGGAUGUUGUCGAUGGCCCCUGGGAAGAUGAGGAGCAAAAGUCGUUUUACGAAAACCUGAUCGAUCUCAAGCUGUUCGUUCCCGGCAUCUUCCUGGAAAGCCAGCCACGCAAGAAGGACGGAGACAGCAAACCCGCCGACGACGACCUCGAGACUCCCACGUCGGCCCAACCGAUCCAUGCUGACGAGGGGGCCGAAGCCGUCUCGAUCCUCAACGAGGACGAAGACGGCGACAAGAAGGGCAAGGCCACAAACUCGUCACAAAUCCUCCUCGACACUCUGCUCGGCCGCCUCCCGACAGCAAUGAACCGCGACACCAUCGACAAGGUCGCCGUGGAUUUCUGCUUCCGGAACAGCAAGGGUGCUCGCAAGCGGCUUGCCAAGGUGCUCGUGUCGGUGCCGCGGCAGCGGCUCGAUCUCCUGCCCUAUUAUGCCCGGCUGAUCGCGACCGUGCAUCCGUUCAUGCCCGACAUUGCCUCGGCUGUUUUGGAGCAGCUCGAGAACGACUUUCAGCACUUUCAGCGGAAGAAGGAUCAGAAUCUCCUGGAAGAGCGCGUCAAGAACAUCCGCUUCCUUAGCGAGCUCACAAAGUUCAAGAUCACGCCGCAGCACGUCAUCUUCCACUGCCUCAAGGUGUGUCUCGACGAUUUCAACGGCACCAACAUUGAGAUUGCCUGCAAUCUGCUGGAGACCUGCGGCCGGUUCUUGUUCAAGACCCCAGAAACCAACGUGCGGACCUCAAACAUGCUGGAUAUCAUGAUGCGCAAGAAAAACAUUCAGCACGUCGACAACCGCCAGGCCUUGAUGAUCGAGAACGCCUUCUAUCAAUGCAAUCCGCCGAAUCGUCCGGCCACGUCGGCUCGCGAGCGGUCGCCGCUGGAGCAGUACUACAAGAAGCUGAUCUACAGCGACCUCUCCAAGCGCACGGUCGACAAGAUCAUCAAGCAGAUCCGCAAGUUCGACUGGGACAACCCUGACACCCGCAAGAUGCUUGCCAAGCCCUUUUUCAAACCCUGGAAGGUCAAGUUCUCGAAUCUCCACUUGCUGGCCUGUAUCGCGAGCGAGAUGGCGCUGCGGUACUACCCCGACUUUGGCGUGGCUGUCGUCGACAAUACUCUCGAGGAAAUCCGCAUGGGCCUCGAGCUCAACCUAUUCAAGCUCAACCAGAAGCGCAUUUCGCUCAUGAAGUUCCUGGGCGAGCUCUACAACUACCGGCUUGUCGACAGCGCCGUGAUCUUCGAGACCCUGUAUCUGCUGCUUCAGUUUGGCCACGAUCAAGGUGUUGCCCGCCCCGGCACUCAUUGUCUGCUCGAUCCACCGUUUGACUUUUUCCGGGUCAGGCUUGUGUGCACCUUGUUGGAGAGCUGCGGCCAGUGCUUCGAUAAGGGAAGCUCCGCCAAGAAGCUCGACCAUUUCCUGAUUUUCUUCCAGAUGUACCUUUUUGCCAAGAUCCCGCCGCCCAUGGAUGCAGAGUUCAUGAUCUCGGACAUAUUCGAGCUGCUCCGGCCGCGCGCCAAGAUUUACGAAAGCUAUGAAGAAGUCACCGCCGAGGUCACUCAAAUCCUGCUGGAGCAAGCCAAGGCCACCCAAAACGGCGACAAGGCUGCGCUCGACGAGGAGGACGACGAUGACGAUGACGACGAGGACCUGGGACCCCGUGGCGGCGAAGGCGACGCCAACGCCGAUGCCGAUUCGGAAAACGAGAGUCUGGAGGAUGAGGACGUUGGCGACGAGCUCAGCGAGAACGGAGAAAACGUCCGGGUCGUCGAUGUGGACGACGACGAGGUCAUUGUGCAUAUGGCCGAGGAAGAGUACGACGAGGAAGAGGAUCUCGAGUUCGAGCGCGAGUUCAACAAGAUCAUGCAGGAGAGUCUCGAUAGCCGCAAGAACGAGCGCCGCGCCCCGGCAUUCGACGCCCCAAUCCCGGUCAAGCUGAAGAAGCCGAGCCCCGGCAUCCAGACGAGCUCGGUCUAUCGCGGCGUCGACUAUGACCGUGAUGGUUCACUCGACGAAGACGAGGCUGGCGGCGAGAGCGGCAGCGGCCAAGUCGUGUUCACGCUGCUGACCAAGAAGGGCAACAAGCAGCAAGCCAAGGCCUUUGAGCUUCCCGCCGACAGCGACUUUGUCAUCAACACCCGCAGCAAGCAAGAGGCCGAGCAGGAAGAGAAGCUGCAUCUGAAGAAACUCGUGCUGAGCUAUGAAGAGCGGGAACGCGAGGAGCGCCAAGAAGAAACACCCGAAAGCACUCUGCGCGGAUCGGUCAGCGCAAGGAAGGGCAGAACGGUCUGGUCCAACGCCGGUGGACCCUCUGGGGGGCUCUAUGGCCGCCGUCGCUGAGCCAGUUCGCUGCCGCUGCGCCGAUCUGAUCCACUCGCACACCCUCCGAGAUGUUCGCUGCGGCCUUGGCACUGUCUGAGCAGGAACCAGCCCAUCUCUCUCCCCUCUCCCGACCGGCAUCGCCAGCCGCAUUGCCCGGAUCGACUGUCUCCGCAGCUGGUCGGCCUCCGGUCUCUCGAAGCGCCGAUGCCGCAUGCCCGCGUCCUGGCAGCGCAAUUGGCCCAGCGCACAACUCCGCCGCCCUGGAUUUUCCAUCCGCUUCCGCGUGUGCGGCUUUGCGUGUGGGGCUUCGUGUGCGUGUGUGUGUGUGUGUACCCGUUCUCGCCGAGACGGCUCUCGCCCUCACUCGGCGCACAGUCUGUGUGCACGCUGUGUGUCCUCGCUCCGGCACCGAGCCCGUCUCGCACAGCGCCACUGGAGUGGUGCCACGUAUGCCCAGAAUGAAUUCAUUAUUGAUUUGAA